AUGACAUCCGUGCAAGACUCGCUGAUUUUCGGCAACAUCUUGUCAACUCGUGAAUCCGCCGCCAUUUGGUCGGAUAAGACACGUACCCAAUGCUAUCUGGCCUUUGAAGGCGCGCUAGCCAAAGCCCAAACACGGUUGGGCAUCAUCCCGCAAAAAGCCGCCGACGAAAUCAUCAAGUUCUGCCUGGACAUCCGCAACAUCGACUUCGAUGACCUGCGACGACAGACCGAACUAAUAGGCUACCCGGUCCUCGGGGUCGUCAAGCAGCUCGUUCAGCACGUCAAUGCCAUCGAGCCGGGCCUCGGCGAGUGGGCGCACUGGGGCGCUACCACACAGGACGUCACGGAUACCGCAACGGUGAUUCAAUUGUGGGAUACGCUCAGUCUGUUCGAGAAGACACUCGAGACCAUCAUUCAAUCACUACGCACGCGGGCGGAGAAGCACAAGGCCACACCGAUGGCGGCACGGUCGAAUUUGCAGCAGGCCGUGCCGAUUUCGUUCGGGUUUAAAUUGGCCCGACUACUCGCGACGUUCCUCCGGCAUCGAGAGAGACUGAAAGACGUCGAGACGCGGCUGACGGUGCUGGAAUUCUCGGGCGCGGCGGGCACGUUGGCGACGAUGCCUCCGAGCGAAGACCACCCUCUGCUAGGGCUGGAGUGUCAGAGGGAACUGGCCAAGGAUUUGAAUUUAAAGGUUCCGGAAAUAGCCUGGCACACGGAACGCGACCGGAUUGCGGAGUUUGGGUCCCUUUGCGCCAUGUUGAGCGGGACGUGUGCCAAAUUCGCCCUCGACGUAAAACUCAUGACGCAGACGGAAGUCGGCGAAGUAUCGGAGCCGUACGUCCCUCAUCGCGGCUCGAGCAGUACGAUGCCGCAGAAACGGAAUCCGAUUUCCUGCGCGUAUAUUACGGCCAUGAGCAGUACGGUGAGGCAACUAAGUGCGAGUCUCUUUGAGGCGAUGGUCGAGGACCAUGAAAGAAGCACCGGACCGUGGGAGAUUGAGUGGAUUGUGCUCCCGCAAAUUUCGACGCUGACGCACGCGACGCUGAAACAUACGGCUGAUUUGAUUGCCGGACUCGAAGUCCAUGAGGACGCGAUGAAGAGGAAUCUCGCCAUCAGCCAAGGUGCGGUGGUCUCGGAGGCGGUGAUGAUGGGAUUAGGUCCGGCAAUUGGAAGACAGUAUGCGCACGAUGUGGUUUAUGAUUUGUGUCGAAGGUCGCAGCAAGAGGAGAGGCCGUUACUGGAGCUGCUGUGUGAGAAUGAGGAGAUCCGGAAGAAGAUGAGCCGGGAGCAGUGCGCCAAGUUGUGUGAUCCCGCGAAUUAUUUGGGGUACAGUGAGGCAAUGGUUCAGAGGGUCCUGAAAUUGGCGGAUGAGCCGAGACAAGAGAGGAAAGCAAGUCUUGUUUAA